AUGAAGGAGAUCACCCUGCCACGAUUGGAGUUGCAAGGCGCACUUCUGCUUGCUAAAUUGGCUCAGAAGGUGAAAGCAGUAAUUAAGGACAGACUAAACGCAGAGUUUUAUUGGUGCGAUUCUCAAAUUGCACUAACUUGGAUCCGAGGACCUCCAACAAAGUGGAAAGUGUUUAUUUCUAAUCGCACCCAACAAAUCCAACCGUUGACUGAUGUCAAAGAUUGGUAUUAUGUCAAAUCAGCAAGCAACCCAGCCGACUUAGUAUCCCGAGGUAUCACCAUCGGACAAUUGGUAGGUAACAAGAAGACCUUUUGGAUAAACGGGCCAGAAUUUCUGGUUGAGGGCGACUAUCCUCAAGAUCAGAUCGAUGAAAAUCGCAAGGCACCAGAAGAAAAGGUUAAAUCAGUUAGCGUAGCGACAGCCAAUGUCACACCUAUUGAUGAUUACAUAGCAAAAUUCAAAUAUCACAACUCCUUCAAGAAGACGCGCAGACAUUUCGCGCUAGUUAAAAGGAUAAUCGAGAACUGGAAGGCCAAGUCCCCAACUUGGAAACGAAGAGGUAUAUCAAACAAAUACUUAAGCGGAGCCUUCACUCCGCAAGAAUUAAAUGAAGGAACAAAAUUGAUCAUUCAAAUCAUGCAACAACAAGAAUAUCCAACCGAAUUAGCAGUCAUACAAAGGGGUGAAACUAUCAACAAGGGUCAAUUUGAGCAUCUGAAUCCUACAAUGCAAAAUGGACUCCUUCAUGUAACGGGAAGGCUGAGCUUGGCCGAGCUGCCACUCACCCACAAGACCCCAAUCCUAAUCCCCAAAUCACACCCAUUCGCAAAGGUGAUAAUCAGAUACAUUCACGAAAGGAAUUUCCACUGCGGACUGGAACUGGUCAUGAGCGAAUUCCGAUGGACGUAUUGGAUGCGGAACCUCAGAAAGGUCGCAGAAGGAGUCAUAAAUAAAUGCGUCAAGUGCGCCAGGGCAAGGCCAAGACGAUUACAACAACACAUGGGACAGUUACCCCGGGCAAGAGUCAAUCCAUCAUCUGCAUUUACCCACACAGGGGUGGAUCUCUGUGGACCUUUUGAAGUCCUAUUGAAUUAUCGCUCAAAAACAAAGACAACAGCAUACGCGUGCAUUUUCAUCUGUUUUUCCACAAAGGCGGUACACAUUGAAGUAGUGGAGAAUCAAUCUUCAGGUGCAUUCAUCUCCGCACUCUUGAGGUUCACGUCAGUCCGAGGAACACCAGACACCAUUUACUCGGACAAUGGCCGAAAUUUCGUGGGAGCAUGCAGAGAGCUCUCCGAAUUACGCAAGGUAUACAACAAUCAAGCAACGAUGACAUUCCCGAGGAGGGCGUUUCAGACAAGCCUGUAA